GCAAUUCCGGAAGGGGCUGAGCCGUCGUGGCGGCGGUUUCUGUCCUGUCUGUUGAGUAGUGCUUCUUCCCUGCUGGAGCGCCUGUAUAGACGGCGGAGCCAUGGUCGAGGAAGUGCAGAAGCAUUCUGUACACACGCUUGUGUUCAGGUCGUUGAAGAGAACUCAUGACAUGUUUGUGGCUGAUAAUGGAAAACCUGUGCCUUUGGAUGAAGAGAGUCACAAACGGAAAAUGGCAAUCAAGCUACGUAAUGAAUAUGGUCCUGUGUUGCAUAUGCCUACUUCCAAAGAAAAUCUUAAAGAGAAAGUCCCUCAGAGUGCAUCAGAUUCAUAUGGACACAAACAGUACCCUGCCAAUCAAGUAGGACAAGAAGUUGAAUAUUUGGUGACAGGUACACAUCCAUAUCCACCAGGACCUGGGGUUGCUUUGACAGCAGACACUAAGAUCCAAAGAAUGCCAAGUGAAUCAGCUGCACAGUCCUUAGCUGUGGCAUUACCUGCUUCUCAAGCCAGAGCUGAUGCAAAUCGUCCUGUGCCUACUGGAGGUGAAUACCGACACCCCGGAGCUCCUGACCGUGCGCAGCCUGCGGGGGCGGUUGUUAUGGAGGGUGGCAAUGCCAAGAACUCUGCACUGAUGGCUAAAAAAGCCCCUACAAUGCCAAAACCCCAGUGGCACCCACCGUGGAAACUCUACAGAGUGAUCAGUGGGCAUCUUGGCUGGGUUCGAUGUAUUGCUGUGGAACCUGGAAAUCAGUGGUUUGUUACUGGAUCUGCUGACAGAACUAUAAAGAUCUGGGACUUGGCUAGUGGCAAGUUGAAACUGUCGUUAACUGGGCACAUAAGCACAGUACGUGGUGUGAUAGUGAGCACGAGGAGCCCGUACCUGUUCUCCUGUGGAGAAGACAAGCAAGUCAAAUGCUGGGAUCUCGAGUAUAAUAAAGUUAUAAGGCACUAUCAUGGACAUCUGAGUGCCGUGUACGGCUUGGAUUUGCACCCGACCAUCGAUGUGCUGGUGACCUGUAGCCGAGACUCAACUGCACGGAUUUGGGAUGUGAGAACUAAAGCCAGUGUACACACAUUAUCUGGACAUACUAAUGCGGUGGCUACAGUGAGGUGUCAGGCUGCGGAACCACAAAUUAUCACUGGAAGCCAUGAUACUACAAUACGAUUAUGGGAUUUGGUGGCUGGAAAAACAAGAGUCACAUUAACAAAUCACAAAAAAUCAGUCAGAGCUGUGGUUUUACAUCCAAGACAUUACACAUUUGCAUCUGGUUCUCCAGAUAACAUAAAACAGUGGAAAUUCCCCGAUGGAAGUUUCAUUCAAAAUCUUUCUGGUCACAAUGCUAUUAUUAACACAUUGACAGUAAAUUCUGAUGGAGUGCUUGUAUCUGGAGCUGACAAUGGCACUAUGCAUCUCUGGGACUGGAGAACUGGCUACAAUUUCCAGAGGGUUCAUGCAGCAGUGCAGCCUGGGUCUUUGGACAGUGAGUCAGGAAUAUUUGCUUGUGCUUUUGAUCAGUCUGAAAGUCGAUUACUAACUGCUGAAGCUGAUAAAACCAUAAAAGUGUACAAAGAGGAUGAUACAGCGACAGAAGAAACUCAUCCAGUCAGCUGGAAGCCAGAAAUUAUUAAGCGAAAGAGAUUUUGAUGUGUUCAUUGUCGUUGCAGUUUUUGUUUUUUUGUUUCAUUUUAGCUUGGCCUUGAUGAGAAUAUCCAGUCAUUUGUGCUCUGGCUAGGAAUAUAAAGCAAAACUCAUGCUUGAAUCAUUGCAUUUUCAUAUUUUAUAACGAACUGUCCUCCCCCAUGUUUUUAUUUCUAAAAUUAACAGUUUGAGAUCCUAGGAAGUAAGAUGUAGAUAUCAAGCAUAUGUGAGUUUUUUGACUGUAACUAUCCUAAACAGAAUGAUUUGCCACUUUUAUUCAAACACACCCCAUUUUUUUUAACUUACAAAACUGCUUACUAUAGUAGGACAUGUUUUGAGGGGAGUAAUCUUUCUCUUAAACCCUUAAAUACUGGUAUCUGUGAUUGAUAUUUUGGGAUUAAAGGAUUUUGAAGUCUUAUGUAUGUUUAUCUCACCAACAGUUUUUGAGCGCAUGUUCUGCAAAGUUCUGCACUAGGUUCUAUUCAGAAAGUAUACAGAUAAGAUGUGUCUGUCCUUUAAGACUUCCACUUUAGCAGCUUACUACAGAAAUACUGUCAUAGAAGUGCCAGUGAAAAACCAGGAUAACACAGAGGAAAAGCCCAUUUAUUUUCCUUGGGAAGGAUUGUGGAAGACUUCAUGGAGUCAGUGGUGUUUGAGGUGAGUCUUGAGAGGUCACACAGAGAAAGGGUAUUCUAAGGCAAUGUGUGAACUGAAAAACCAGACAUAUGAGAGGUGUAUGUUCCAGGAACAGAGAGCUGUCUGCUGCACUUGAAUGAGAACAGCUGGUGGCGGCAGGGAAAGCUUGUGUUUUGAGUUUCAGUUUUAUUCCACAAGCAGUAGGUUACUAAUAUAGGUAUCAAACCCUGGAGAAGUAACUGGAGAUACCGAUUGUUUGAAGCUAUAGCAAGGGUUGCAGUCUUUUGCAGAGACUCCAUGGAAAAGUUUUAAGUUUUUGAUGCCUGUGCCUCUAUCCUUAGGAUCCUCAUUCCCUAUCAGUCAAGAUAAUUUAUCACACUUCACUUUCUAUAGUUAGAAAACACACUUAUAAGAACAAUCAGUUUAUAGUUUCAAAUGAAGAAAUUAAACCAUAAUUUUGAAUAAGCAUUUCCAAAUAUACGUGUCCCAUCUUGCAUGCUGUAGGUGGGAGUGUAGUUGUUAAGCCUUUAGGGAGGGUAGUUUUCCAGAGUAUAUUGAAAAUGCUUGGAAUCUUUGGCCAACUCUUCAUUAGAAAUGAAAUUACUAGGAAACUGCCUAAUAUGAAUAAUCUGACAAGUAUACACAGCAAGUUCACUUCACCUUUGUUCUUUAAUUAAAACUAGCCCAGAUGUCCUAACAGUAAGGGCUUAAUAUAUUAUGGUAUUUUCAGUUUCUCUCCAUUAAGAGUGAGAAAUAUCUCUGGAAUAAUAAGAUGUCCAAAUUUUACUGUUAUAUGAAAAAGGAAGUUGUACAAGCAUUUUUUUUUGAUAACUUGUUAAUGUUCUAAAAAAUAAUAGGAAAGUAACACCACACUGUUAUCAGUGGCUUUGUGAGAGUGGAAUUAUCGGAGAACUUUCAUUAUUGGCUUCAUAUAUUUCUAUACUGUUUUAAUUUUCUAUAAGCAUGUAUUUUGUAAACUUAAAUAAAAAAAAAA